AUGCCGCCGCCGCCGCCGCCGGCCGCUCGGCGUAACCGAGUCCGAAGGGGGCGAGCAAGGAAAUCCCCGACGUUCCACGUCUCGGUGUUCAACUGCAUGCCGGAGCCGUGGAAGCCGUGGGAGCGGGACUGGGCGGAGCUGCCGGCGGACUCCAUCUCGUGCGUCCUGCACAAGCUGCGCCUUCCUGAGCUCCUGCUGGGUGGCGUGGCGGAGGUGUGCCGCUCCUGGCGCCGCGCCGCAAGGGAGGAGCCCGAGCUAUGGCGGUACAUCAACGUGCGCUGGCUGCCCAAGGUCCCGCCCUUCACCCACCGGGCCACGCUCGAAAACAUCAUGAGGUCUGCCUUGCGGCUCAGCGCGGGGCAGUGCCGAAGCUUCUCCGGCGAGCAUCUCGACGACCGCCUCUUCAUGCUCCUCGCUCAGCGGGCGCCUUUCCUCAAGAGCCUUGAUCUCACGGGUUGCUAUCGCAUCUUCCGCGGAGGAGGAUUUGCGAACGCAAUAAAGAAGUUUCCUCUGCUUGAGUACCUCACGCUUGUUAACUGUUAUUGCAAUGAGGAAGCCCUCCAACUCAUCGCAAAAGCGUGCCCAUGCCUGACGCACUUCGAACUUACCCACGAAAUCAGUUGUUGCUCUUAUCGCAUCAAGGGGUCUGCCGACAAUAGAAAAGCUUUCGCGAUCGCAAGGAUGCGUGGGCUACGUUCCUUGAAGCUCGUCGAUGACAAUCUCGGUAACCAAGGCUUGGCAGCCAUCGUCGACAACUGUCCCAAUCUAAAGUAUUUGUGCAUUCGAGAUUGCUGGAACAUCAGCAUGGAUGGCAACCUAACAGUGAAGUGCGCCCAUAUCAUCAUGGAUUACCAUGAGUACUUCCCGCCAUCUGAACCUUGCGAUUGCGACUGCGUUUCACCAAUGUCAUAUGGCCAACUGAGUGACUACGACUAUGACGAUUACCAUGAUCUUUCUCUCUAUUCCUACCUUGGUGACGAAAUCGACGCCGCCAAUCUUGACGACUAUGAAAGGACCCUUGACGUCAAGGGCAUGCGCAGGUACUUGAGCUAA